AUGCAUGCAGCAGCAGCAGCAGCAGCAGCAGCAGCUGCUGCUGCUGCUGCUGGUGUUGCUCCCGCAGCAGCAGCAGCGGCGGGAAAACGGCAGCAGCAGCGGCAGCAGCAGCGGCAAACUGCAGCAGCAGCAAGUCGCUGCAGCAGCACGGGAAAAUGGAUUAGGCAGCAGCAAGAAGCAGCAGCAGCAGCAGCAGCAGCAGCAGCAGCAGACGGGAGCAGCAACAGCAGCAAACCGCAGCAGCACACGUACACAGGAAGCUCUGCGCGGGGGCCUCAUUUUCAGCAGCAGCAGCUGCUGCUGCAGCAGGCUCUGGCAUUUCCAGGAGGCAAUCUCAGACAGCAGCAGCAGCAGCAGCAGCAGCAGCAGCAGCAGCAGCAGCUGUCCAUACAAGGAGACACUUUCCCUCGUGUCUCUGUCUUUGCGCGUGUCUUGCUGCUGGCUACCGUUUUGCUGCAGCAGCAGCAGCAGCAGCAGCAGCAGCAGCAGCAGCAGCAGAGUAAGCGCGAGCAGCUGCAGCAGCAGCAGCAGCAGCAGAGACGGCGGCGGCUGUCUGCUGCUGCAGCAAGGGCUCAGCUGGAGUGCAGCAAACUUGAAGAAAACUUUUUAAAUGCAGCAGCAGCAGCAGCAACAGAUUUUGCAGCAACAGCAGCAACAGCAGCAGCAAAAGCAGCAGCAGCAGCAGAUCCGGCAACAAAAGCAGCAGCAGCAGAAGCAGCAACAACAGCACUAACAGCAGCAACAGCAGCAGCAACAGCGGCAGCAAAUGCAGCAGCAGCAGCAGCAAAAGCAGCAACAGCACCAGCAGAUUUGGCAACAACAACAGCAACAGUAACAGCAGCAACAGCAGCAACAGCAGCAACAGCAGCAGCAGCAGCAAACGCAGCAGCAGCAGCAGCAAAAGCAGAAUGGGCAUUGCCUCUGCCGAUACCUUGCAGAUUAAGCAGCAGCAAGCAGCAGCAGCAGCAGCAACAGCAGCAGCAGCAGCAAAAGGGUGUGAAAGACUCGCUGCAGAUUAAGCAGCAGCAAGCAGCAGCAGCAGCAGCAACAGCAGCAGCAGCAAAGACAAAUGAAAACCAGAGAAGCAGAAGUCAAAUAAAAUGGCACACUGCUGCUGCGGAUGUCGUGUGCUGCUGCUAG